AUGCCAGGAAACAUCACCACUCAUCACGACGACUCCACGCCCGAGUCGAGCGACAGUGGCCACCAUGAACAUGAACAUGAACAUCACCAUGAAGAACACGAAGAACACGAACACAAGGGCCCUCCCGGUGGCUUUGACAAGACUCCACUUCCUGAUGCACCUCAAGGAUACACUGUCCGCUUUGUUUUUCAUGCUGCGACCAACAUCCCGAUUGCGGAUUUUCACACGGGAUCUUCAGACCCCUUCUUGUACAGGACACGAACUCUGCACACAACCACGGAGCCCAAAUGGGAAGAGGAAUGGGUUGUGUCUAAUGUGCCUCCUACCGGCUUCACCCUCAAGUGUAGAAUGUAUGAUGAGGAUGUUGCCGACAAGGACGACAGACUCGGUAAUGUCACCAUCAACGUUGACUCCAUCUCUGAUGACUGGCCGGGGAUCCCUCCUCCGGGCCAGGAGUUUGAGGCCAAGAAGCGUGUCAUGAGCAAGCGAGCCUUUAUCCUCAAAGGAAUCGCUAGUGCCAUCGUGCACGGUAGCCACAUCGCUCCUCGGUUGCGAAUCAGCAUGGAAGUCUUGGGCAAGUCAGAUCCUCCGUAUGCGCAAAUGUGCACCUUGGCCCCAACUAGAUGGAUCAAGCAUAAUAGUCCUAUGAUUGGUCGUCUGAUCGGCACAAAGGUGAAUGCCAACGAAAGUGACGAUGAAAAGGGGCACAACUCGAACGACGAUACCCCAAAGUCUACGAAAUAUGACUUCCAAGCCAACGAACUACAACUCCAGGGACCUGUUCCUCCGGUCCUCUACCAUCGCUACGUGGAAUUCAGACCAGUUAUCGGCUCGCUCUUUUCAUCCACUGGCAUUCGUGGCACCAUAUUGAACAAGGCCCUACACAAGCAGCACCACAGAAUCUACAAUUAUAGCGGCUCCACCGAAUAUGGCACCUUUGAGCCAUGCUCUAAGCAAGCAUCUCUCCAGUUCCUAAGGAUGGCUCAUUUCGACGAGGGCGGCCGCGUCUUUACAUACGUACUCACGCUGGACGGCCUACUUCGCUUCACCGAGACGGGCAAGGAAUUCGGCAUCGACUUCCUGAGCAAGCAUACCAUGCACGCAGAUGCCGAGAAAUACAUUGCUUGCUCAGGGGAAUUCUUCAUUCGAAGACUGCAACACCCGGAUUCCAAUGACAGUCCCGAGCCUCAGGAAAAGACACACCCGUCCGAGCCCAUCCCUGGAGGCCCGCCAAACCAGCCACCACCUCCAAACCCCGCAUUCUACCAGCUCUACAUUGACAACGAAUCUGGAACAUACCGUCCUGAUAAGUCCAUUCUGCCAGAUCUCAAGAAGUUUCUGGAGAAGAACUUCCCCGGUUUGGGCAUCGUCGCCAUGAACGUUGAAGAUGAGCGCCUGCAGAAGCUCAAGGAAGAGCAACGCUCCAUCAAGAAGAGCGAGGGCAAGAUGAUGCAGGUUGUCAUGAAUAGCAGCACCGAGAGUCUCAGCUCUGUGGAGAGCGAGCUGAACGAGCGCAACGAGAGCUGGGAGUCGGGUAGAAAGAGCAAGUUAGAGACGGCGCAUUCAGCGUUGAGGAACCCCGAUCAGGAACAUCUCAAGGCGGCUGUAGAAGUCAUGCUGCCAUAUCGCGAGAAAAAGGAGGAGUGA